UCCCGGUAAGCACCGUCCGUUUAUUCAGAACAACAAGGGCAAGUCCUACAGCUUGCCUCUUUUGGUCAUGACGGCAUUCCCAGGAUUUCCGAUCCCAGCCGGGCUGGGUUCGCCCCAGUCUGAGGCGUCGUCUGAGACGUCGGUUACCACGACGCACUUAAACCACUGCUCAACUCUGGAACCGCCGGCGAGAUCUAAGUAUGAGUUCCAUUCUUCAUCAAGUGUGUAUUCAUGUACUAGUGAGUCAAGUGAUGAAGACAGCCGGGAUGAUAAUCAGGACGAUAACCAGAACGACAGCCGAUGCCUUCGAUGGGCGAACUCGGUAGAUCUUAUGAACAGCAAACAACAGCCACCACCUUUGAACGUGCUAGUCGAUAAGACCCAGAACCUUCCUGAGAACCCCAACUCCGUCAAGCAACUUCGUAUCAUAUCAUCCUGGGGCGCGAGAGCCGUCAACAACCCCGAAGAAGACCCCUGGUGGCUACCCGAGUUCUGGGGUUCCGUACAGGACCUCACGGACGAUCUCGUCGAGUAUCUUAGCAAAGCUGCAUCUUCUACCCGUGUAGAGUCGCGAGAUGUCCGCUCUCUCACAAGCAGGAUCAGCAUCAGCCGUGGCCUUCAAGCGGAGAGAGCUUGCUUGCUGGCUUGGCAAGGGGAUACCGGAUGCGUAAGAAUUGGAAGUCGUGGCCUAGUAUUCCUGCCUCUGUGACGCCGACCCCGACUCCUCGCCAAUAUUCGUCCCCGUCCCCUGUUCGUGGUCGGUCGCGUGCUGUUGAUGGAGUACUCUCCCGCCGUCGACCGGCCCCGCUGGAUUUGACAAAGACGAAGGAAGUGAGAUUCACUGGUGCAGCAGAUAUUACUGAAUCGACUUGGUCCCGUGGAGAUGCGACGUUUCAUCCGAGCAGUCUUCAGACAACAAUGUCAGAUGAAGAGGAGGAGGAGGGUCCCCUCACAACGCCUGACUGGUUCGAGCCUCUCAUGGAAACACCACUCAAGGUAAAAGGCGAUAUGAUGAUUGGGUACGAGGGUAGAGCAGGUAGAGUCCGACCCUAAAACCACGACUUUAACCCGGCCAGCGAGAGCAAUGGAUCGCCGCCACCCCGUCUCCGUUCCAAGGCC